CCACCUUUCCCGACCCUGAGGCUUGUGACUGUCCAGACCGCCCGUCCCAACCCGCUCUCAUCCAGUCUGCCCCUCCUCUGCCCCCCUUCCUCCCCUCCUCCGACCGUCGCCGCCGUGCCCGUAGUAGACCUACUGAAACUUUCGAGGCUAGCGAGUUCUUGCUCCCUUGAAGCCUUGACCGAUACUCCAUCUAAUGUUGCCCCGCCUCCGACCCUCUACCCACGCCUUCUCACGACAACCUCCAUUGACAAGAUUCAUACCCAAAAGUCAACCGUUUCGUUUCGCAAGCACAAUGGCGCCAGUCCUCCCCUCCGACCGCAGACCAAUCGUCAUCUCCGGCCCCUCGGGCGUCGGCAAGGGAACCCUCUACAAGCUCCUCUUCGAGCGCCACCCAGACUCCUUCGCCCUCUCCGUCUCCCACACCACCCGCGGCCCGCGGCCCGGCGAGGCGGACGGCGUCGACUACCACUUUGUCACAAAGGACGCCUUUGACGACCUCGUCGCAAAGGACGGCUUCGUCGAGCACGCGACCUUUGGCAGCAACUCGUACGGCACCUCAAAGGCCACCAUCGAGGAGCAGUCCGCCAAGGGCAAGCUCGUCGUUCUCGAUAUCGAGAUGGAGGGAGUCAAGCAGAUCAAGACGUCAAACUUCCCCGCCCGCUACGUCUUCAUCGCGCCCCCCUCAGAAGAAGAACUCGAGAAGCGCCUCCGCGGCCGCGGCACCGAAAAGGAAGAGAGCAUCCAGAAGCGUCUCGCGCAAGCCAAGCUCGAGCUGGCCUACUCCAAGACCCCCGGCGUUCACGACCUGAUCAUUGUCAACGACGACCUCGAGAAGGCGUACAAGUCUCUCGAGGACUUUGUCUACAACCCUUCUCAGUAGAGAGACGAUGACGAUAACGAGGGCGCCCAAAGGAAGGAGACGGAAAGAGAUGUCGGAUCGGAUGACACGGUGACGGGGCGUUGGAAACUGAAUAUCCUUUAAGAGUUCACAAAUGGUCUGUGGAUCUUCUUCAUAGCACGGGCGGUCUUUGUGAGCAUAUAUACACACAUGAGAGCGUAUAAAAGCAAUCCAUAGAGCCACAUCUACACGUGGCAGAAACCUCUGGCUAUGUAUUACCGUACUUAGGACAGAGGAAUACACAUCACAAG